AACCACCACGCCCGCCAAAAACCACGAUAUCGACCAGACCUACCCUCCACGCGGCCACAUUCCCCUCAACCACCUCAUCGAGACACCACGCACCACCAACGCAUCCACUCGCCUCGACACGCCUCCUCUCCCACCCUCCACCAUCGCCACGCUGGCGCCCGGCAUCUUAUUCUUACCCUCGCACGCGAAACGCCCAUCCCCUUCAAUCCCCUCCAACACCGCCAAACUGUCUUCCCGAACAAUUCUCCAGCGCGCGCCCAGCGGCGGCAUCACUUUCGCCGACAAGGUGAACACGUCGCCGCCCCUAUGCGUGCAGUCCGCCGAGCGCAAGAUGAACACCAACAGCAUAGACAAGGAGAACCGAAGACGGCGGAGGAGUAGUUCUUUGAUGUAUCAGGAGCCGCCGGAGAGUUUGGAGCAGCAGAGUGAUCAGGCCAUCUUGCCCAAUUUGAACUCGCAGUGGGUGAAUGCGAAGGGCGCCUGGAUGAUCCACAUUAUCCUCAUCCUCCUCCUCAAAAUCAUCUACGACAUCGUCCCCUCCAUCUCUCAGGAAACCUCCUGGACCCUCGUCAACAUCACCUACAUGUUCGGCUCGUAUCUCAUGUUCCACUGGGUGCGUGGCAUUCCCUUUGAGUUCAACGCGGGAGCCUACGACAAUCUCAAUAUGUGGGAGCAAAUCGACGACGGGGAACAGUACACGCCCGCGAAGAAAUUCCUGCUCAGCGUGCCAAUCUGUCUGUUCCUCAUUUCGACGCAUUACACGCAUUACGAUCUGGCGUAUUUUAUGAUCAACUUUUUGGCAACGUUGGCGGUGGUCGUGCCGAAAUUACCGGCGUUGCAUCGAAUGCGACUUUCCAUCUUCAACAAUUACGGUCCCGAACCACACGAGCAGGAGCAGAGAUAG